AUGGGUCCACUGCCUUUUUGCCCGCCAGUAGGGCUGUCGCUGCUGCUGCUACUGGGACCCGGACUCGGGCUCAGCUCAGCUUCCCAGAGGUCACAUGUGCACCGACGUGGGCUCAUAGAACUGGCAGGGACUGUGCACUGUGCUGGCACCCGCACCGCCAUGGCCUACAUGAACUACGGCUGCUAUUGUGGCCUGGGUGGCCAUGGCCAGCCCAGGGAUGCCAUUGACUGGUGCUGUCAUUUUCACGACUGCUGCUACAAACGUGCCGAGGUUGCUGGCUGCAGUCCCAAGAUGGAGCGCUAUUCCUGGCAGUGUGUCAAUCAGCACAUUCUGUGUGGACCAGUGGAGGACAAAUGCCAAGAACUCAUGUGCAAAUGUGACCGGGAGAUUGCUUACUGUUUAGCCAAAACUCAGUACAACUUAAAGUACCUCCUUUACCCCCGUUUCUUGUGUGGGAAGGAUUCACCCAAGUGUGACUGA